UCUUUGCAACCCUACCCAUUAUUUCAGAUUCAGUCUCGAAAUAAAUACCAAUUUAAUUAGAAUUUCAUUUGUUUUUUACAAAAAUCACUGCAUAACUAAAAUUUUAACAGCAGUGUUUAAUUAAAAGGUGGAGAAUGUCGAUUUCACCAUACUUUCGUUCUCCGUUUACGGAUAUCACUGGUGGCAUGGUAUCGCAUCAGAUGUUAGGCAAUUGUCAGAAACAGGAGAUGCGCUACAUGGACUGCCUUGAAGCUUAUGGCCUUGACCGUGGACGGGUCAAAUGUGGGGAGCUAUUUGAUGACUUCCAUGAAUGCCAAACAAAAACUAAACAAUUUAAGAGAUUUGUGGCUAUAAGAAAAGAAAGAGAGAGACAGAUUGCUGAAGGAAAACUUAAAGGAGAUGAAAAAUUCUUAAGCCCAAGGGUUGACAGUUUCUAAACCAUGUUGCGAUUGUGUAGAUAUAAUUAUGUGUAUCAUAAAUAAAAAAACAAUAUAGGAUUUAUCAAUUA